AUGGCGAUCAUUCUAAACUCAAAUUCUAUUCAACAAAAUUCAGAAAUUAAUCAUCAAAAUAAUGCCUCUACCUCUACUGAUAGCUCAAUUUUCGAUUCAUAUCCAGAUAAUACGGAAUUAACGAUUUCAGAUGGAGAAACGGUUAAGUAUAUUCCAAGGAAAUAUACAGUUGGGAAGGAGAUUAAGACUGAAUUUGGUUCAAAAUGGAUUCCAGAGUGUGCUAAUGAGAUUAAACCUUCAUUAGGAAUGGAAUUUGGUUGUAUUGAUGAAGCAUUCAACUUUUAUAGUCAAUAUGCACUAUCAAGUGGUUUUGAACCUAGGAGGUUUUCACAUAGGACCGCUAAAGAUGAUUUUGGUGUUCAAUUUGUAAAAUAUAAGUGGAUUGUUUGUAGUAGGGAAGGUUCCAAACGGAAAAGAAGAAGUGAUUCUAAGCAGAGUAGAAAUAGACCAACUCAAAGGACUAGUUGUGAAGCUUGUAUUCUUAUAGUUUUUAAUGCUGAAGGUAGAUAUUCCAUUUAUCAUUUUGAGGAGAUGCAUAAUCACUUUCUUGUGCAUCCAGAUUUUCGUAAGCAUCUUAAGUCUUGUAGAAGUUUGGAUUAUUCAAAACAAGUCUUUUUGCAUCAUUUGACAGAGGCUAGUAUAGGACCUAGUGUCGGGUAUAGAAUACUAACUAAGAUUCAUGGUGGACAUGAAGCAGUAGGUGCUUCAAAGACUGACUGUAAGAAUUGGAAAAGGAAGUACAAUUCAUAUAUUGGUGAAGCAGAUUCUCAGAUGAUGGUUAACAUGUUGAAGCAAAAAAAAGAAUUUUUAGAAGAUUUUAGCUUUGAAUAUUUCACCGUGAAUGAUGGGGAGUUGGCAGGUCUCUUUUGGGCAGAUGAAGUUUCUAAGUUGAAUUACUAUGCAUUUGGGGAUGUUGUAUCUUUCGAUGAAACUUACCGUACUAACAAGUACGAUAUGGUAUUCAUUCCAUUCGCGGGAAUUGAUAAUCACAAAAAGUGUGUUACAUUUGGAGCUGGAAUGCUUGCUAAAGAGGAUAUUUCUUCCUAUAAAUGGCUCCUGAAUGAAUUCAAGAAUGCAUUUCCUCGUGAACCUAAGGUUGUAUUGACAGAUCAAGAUCCAUCAAUGAAAGUGGCUGUUUCUGAUGUUUUUAAGACGGCUAGACAUAGAUUAUGUAUGUGGCAUAUCAUGGAGAAGGUGCCUGUAAAGAUUAAUAAAGAAGAGUUUGACAAACAAUGGCUUCAUGUUCUUACAAAGUAUGAUGCUGAUGAAAAUAAGUGGUUGAAUGACAUGUAUAAGCUUAGGUAUAACUGGAUUCCAACAUAUUUUCAAGACUGGGAAAUGUCGGGACUUAUGAGGACAUCAUCUAGGUCUGAAAGUGAAAGUCACAUGUUUCAGCAACUGAUGAAUUCGUCUUCCACUUUGAUUGAGUUUUAUACUCAUUUUGAUACUGCUAUGCAAAGUCAAAGAUGGGUUCAAUCUGAAAAUGAUCAAAAAUCGAUGUAUACCACUCUUGAUCUGGCAACUGAAUAUGCAUUGGAAAGACACGCUCAUACGUUGUUUACGCAUGAUGUUAUUUUGGAUAUCCAGAAAGAAAUGUGUGAGGCCUUCAAACAUUGCCUUUGUUUCAAUGUUUCCGAGUUGACUGAUGGUUCGAAGACUUUUUCAAUAACUGAUACAAGUGUCAAAUCAUGUGAUAUUGAUGACUCUAUUGACAGAGAUGCAAAUCCUAACUAUUUUGAUGAACUUGUUCAUCGUCAUAGCCAGGUUACUUUCAAUUUUGAAGAUAAAGUAGUAACGUGUUCGUGCAAAAAAUUUGAAAGAUGUGGGAUUUUUUGCAAACAUAUUUACUAUGUUUUGAGAUUAUGUGGAGUGGAAGAGAUACCAGAUGAGUAUAUAACAAAGAGAUGGAUGAAGUGUGUUGUACCUGGACGAAGAGUUGGCAAACUGAAUUUGUUGCCGAAUCAAAAGAAUGAAUUGAAGCCUAUUUUACUUGAUAUUUUCCGAAAUGUAGAUGCUUGUGUAAAUAGGUAUUUGGCUGACCCAGCAAAACUUGUUCAAUUUAGAGACACUUUGGAAGAGUUGAAAAAGAAAGCUGGUGAUGAUAUGGGCUCUAAGCCUCCAAUGGGUUCAAAAGAAUUUAUGGCUGCAAUGACUGGACUGCCUCAACCUUCUUCAAAUGAAGUAACUAAUCCACAAAAUAUACGAAAUAAAGGUUGUGGAACUAAAAGAAGGCUCAAGAGUGACCGAGAAGAGGCUAUUUGA